UAGUUCUUGAAACAUUGAAAUGGGAAAGAAUUACCAAAUCAUAAACAAAGAGAGUGAGUCCCAAGGCCAAGGUGUUUGUGAAAAGAUUUUCAAAUUAGCAGUGAAUAUAAGUCCAACUUUUCGAUCAUUUCGCCGAAAUUCUCCACAAUUUGUUACUAAUACGAAGCCAAAAAUAGAUCAUCAGAGGAAUUAUACAGCUAAUAUAUCCAAACCAGUUGCUAUUGUUGAUCAACUUGAGUUAAAUCGCCAGCAAAUUCCAUCUCAAAACUUGUCUACUGCCUCCAACAAUAUGGUGCUCGUAGAAUAUAAUCACAUUGCAGGAGAGAAUAGUGCAACAACGCGCAAGUUCAAGGGUGAAUCUAUUAAAGAUGUGAACAAGUCCUCUGUAAAGAACAUGAUCAGUAUAGUUCAUCAUCAUGAGAUAAAUGAAGGUCCUAAAGAUGAUAAUGACAGAUUUUCUAAUUAUAUUGAUCAUGUCAAAAACAAGAUGAGAAGUAUCUCUAGUUUUGAUGACAAGUAUGGCUAAUUUUGCUGAUGAUAAAGUCACUUACUAUUUCAAGUUCAACAUUAUUUAGACUAUUGAUGCCUGCUGGUGGGGAACAAAUGGAGCUAUUUGAACAAUAAUUUGCAAAAUUAUAUGUAUAAUUUUUUAUACUUUGGUUAAAUAAAGGAAAAAAAUAAUUGAUUUUUAUUAUACUGUGUUUGUAAUAGAAAAAAAGAUUGAAUCUUGGAAAAAGGAAAGAAGCUUUUUUAAUAUUUUUUGGUAUUGUAAGAUUGACAUUCAUUACUAAUUUG